UCCUUCCCCCACACUGACACACGCACCACCCCCCCUUGCGGCGGCGCCUCCCCUCCCCUCCCCCUCUCACUCCGGCACCAUGCUGCUGCGAUCGCCGGCGAGGUCGAGCCCCCACCUCCGCUCGCUCCUGCGGGCGCGAGGCUUCAUCUCCUCCGCCUCGCCCUCGGCCGCCACCGCGGCGGAAGGGGACGACGGGAAGAUCGUGGCGUCCGUGCUGUUCGAGCGCCUCCCCGUCGUCAUCCCCAAGAUCCACCCCGUCGUCUACGCCUUCCAAGAAUUCUCGUUUCGGUGGAGGCAGCAGUACAGACGGAAGUACCCCGACGACGUGCUGGGAAAGGCCGACGCGAGGGGCAAGGGAGAUUAUCAGAUAGAUUAUGUGCCUGCUCCAAGAAUCACAGACGCUGACAAAACAAACGACAGGAAGUCACUACAACGAGCUCUUGAUAAUAGACUCUAUCUCCUUCUGUAUGGCAAGGCUUAUGGGGCUCCUGAUGACAAGCCUGUUUGGCAUUUUCCAGAAAAAGUUUAUGACAAUGAAGACACUUUGCGAUUGUGUGCUGAAUCAGCAUUAAAAUCUGUUCUUGGUGGACUCAACAAUACGUAUUUUGUUGGCAACGCGCCAAUGGCUCAUAUGGUAGUUGACCAGAAGGAAGAUUCAAGCAUUUCAUCAUUCAAGCGAUUCUUCUUUAAGUCACAAGUGGUCGGUGCCACGAAAUAUGAUAUCGGAAAAUGCCAGGACCACGUGUGGGUGACCAAAGAUGAGUUACUGGAGUAUUUUCCGGAGCACAAGGCUUUCUUCAACAAGAUGAUCAUUCACAUAAGAUAGCCCUUUUAUCUGAUUGGGGCAAGCUGGGACACUCUGAAGUUUGAACAAUGAGCAUUGUGUUGCUUGACCUGUGUACAAGUUUCCUGCCACCACUUAUCAUCCUGAACACAAUUGGCAAGGAAAAUUACUCAUCAAGUGUUCCUCCAAAGACACCCACAUAGAUGUAUUGCCCAUUUUUGUCAAUCAUAUGGCAAUCCUGUAGCCUUGUAGGCUUUUUUCCCAGCUGCUGUAUUUUUAACAUGAUGUACUACCGUUCUAUUAUUCUUGGUGAAAUAAUUAACAUGGCAUUUUGGCCCCUCCUUCCUUUGUUGGGGUUUCUAGUUUUAA